AUGAAAGCGUUCCCGACCGUUCCUUCUUCUGGGGUUUUUAUCUUCGUUACCAGGAAUGGUCCCACAUUCCCAGACAGACAGAACUACCAGCGCACUGGACUCCCGCUGGAAGUAUCCACUGCUCUCGGGCAGGGACGGGUCAAUCAGCUGGGAGGUGUUUUCAUUAACGGCCGGCCUCUACCAAACCACAUCCGGCACAAGAUAGUGGAGAUGGCCCACCAAGGGGUCCGGCCCUGUGUCAUUUCCCGGCAGCUGCGCGUCUCUCACGGCUGCGUCUCUAAGAUUCUCUGCCGGUUUCAGGAGACGGGUUCAAUCCGACCUGGAGCCAUCGGUGGCAGCAAGUCCAGGCAGUUAUCUACGUCUGAAGUGGAGACGCGGAUAGAGGAGUACAAGCACGACAACCCCGGGAUGUUCAGCUGGGAAAUACGGGACAAGCUGCUGAAAGACGGAGUGUGUGACAGAGGCACAGUCCCUUCAGUGAGUUCCAUCAGCCGCGUGCUUCGAAAUCGAUUUGGGAAAAAGGAUGAGGACGAAUGUGACAGAAGGGACGAAGACGCAGAAAAAAGAAACAAACACAGCAUAGACGGCAUUCUGGGCGGCAAAGGAAGCCAAAUGGAAGAUGUGUCAGAUGUGGAAUCGGAACCUGAUCUCCCGCUUAGAAGGAAGAAGCGCAGAAGUCGGACCACCUUCACCGCAGAGCAGCUUGAGGAGUUAGAAAAGGCUUUUGAAAGAACACACUAUCCUGACAUUUAUACCAGAGAGGAACUGGCCCAGCGGACCCGACUGACUGAGGCCAGGGUUCAGGUGUGGUUUAGCAACCGCAGAGCCAGGUGGCGCAAGCAAGCAGGAGCCAGUCAACUAGCACCAUUCAACAAUCUCUUGCCCAGUGGAUUUUCUUCAACAGGAGUGUCGACAUUUUCAACAUAUCAGCUCUCAGAAUCAGGCUAUUCUUCUCUGUCCCAUGAGAAUGAUGAUGCAGUUCAUCGUCCACAACCUCUGCCUCCAUCCACGGUGCACCAAAUGGGUCUGUCCAGUGCGGACAGCAGUCCUGCCUAUGUUCUUUCCUCCAACUGCAACGGGUUCUCCAGUUAUUCUGAUUCCUUUGUGAGCUCUGCAGCUCAGAGUAAUCCCGUUAACAGUGGACUUUCACAACAGGUUAUGAGCAUCAUGAGUAAUUCAUGUCGUGUUUCCUCAAAGCCACACCAUGACUUCUCAUUGUCACCUCGCCCAAGGUAUUUGGACUCUUCUUUAUCCAAUAUCAUGGCAGCCAGUGGCAGUCAACAGUCAGCUGAGGUCUCUGUUAAGAUGGCGGACAGCUUUCAUUCAUCCGAAUCUUACUCCCCAACCACAUACGGCACCACCAGCUACAGCAUGGACCCAGUUGUGACAGCCGCCAGCUACCAGUACAGUCAGUAUGGUCAGACUGCUGUGGAUUACUUGGCAAAGAACAUUAGCCUCUUCAGCCAGCACAAGAUGAAGUUGACCAAUCACUCAGCUGUGCUGGGAAUGCUGCAUGUCAGUACUGGCCAGGCCUACUAAUACUGUAAACAAACAGCAGCAGACCUAGCCACCAGCAGCCCCUGUGACUCCUGCUGCAACACAAAACUCACACAGAGGUUUUCCGACAAUGCGAGUGUUUUUCCUGCAGACGAAGAGCCACAACACCUCUUGAAAUAUCUCUUCCAGUAAAUGUUUGGUACGUGGUCUGGUGAGUUUGGACUUUCCGUGGUGGUUCAUGGGGCACCAACGCAGCUCUACUGUUCUACAUUUGUAUUAAAUAGCUAUGUUUGUCUUGUUUGGUCCUUUAGGGAAAUGUCAGUGUUGUAGUACUCGAGAUCGGUCUUGGUCUCAAGACCAUUUUUGACGGUCUCGGUCUCAGACGCUGAGGACUCAGCAUUUUAUUUCAAGACCAGUCAAAACCGCAACUGUGAAAAUAUCACUAAACGUACAGCAUACUGU